AUGAGGAUACUUACUCCUCGAACUUUCCUUCCAAAAGUCCCAAUCGUCCUUCUCAACUCCCUCAUCAACACUCUCAUCACUCUCCUCACUCUCAUGGCCACCCUCAUGACCACUCUCAUGACCACUCUGAAGGUAUCCCGCAUUUUCCUCCAUGAAGACUUUAACAGACAGAACUUUGACUCCGAUAUUGCACUCUUGGAACUGGCAGAAGAUGCCACGUUAACAGAACGAGUGCAGUUGGUUUGUCUGCCAGAACACUCAGAUAUAUCUGAUACCAGCUCCAAGAGCGGAUUGCUAGGAUCGGUGGCUGGAUGGGGUUCAGAUGACACAGGUGUCCUCCCGAAUGUACUGAUGGAAGUGGAGCUCCCAAUUUUAUCUAAUAGAGAAUGUCGUAAAGACACUAUUCACUUCACAGGGGACCAACACGUCACUAGUGAUCAGAUCGGCGGUGUCAUCUUCCGUCUGAGCCAGCCUCUUCAGAUGCGGAGCGAGGGGGAGAUGGUUCAUGGUGGGUACUAUGAUGUUAAAGGGGGUCAACAUCACUGUUGUCGGCAUCCAAUGUAA